GAAGUUUUCCUUCCCACAGAUAAUUAGCAAUGGAUUUGUGCAGCUUCUGAUUCCAAUGGCAGCCACAGGGCUGGUGCACAAGUGUAACUCCACCGUUUUACAAGAUGAAUUGUUUCUGGUAUGGAUUCUCAGCAGAGAUUGUACUCAAGCCUGUAUCUUCUAGGCUCUUUUGUCUGAAAGAAGAGAGUAGCAGUGCAGAAUCAGGCUAAGAGAAUUUUGUUUUAGUGAAAAAUUUGGCAGACAUGGGAGUGAAUGUCAAAAUAAUAAGAAAGCAAAACUCCAGCAUUUUAAAGAGAUUAAAAACAAAUGAAAAAGGCUUGAAACACUUUCUGAAGACCAAAGGGGCUAGUAAUGAAGUAAUUUCCAGCAUUAUCACUUAUUAUCAUUAUCCACAAGCCAUCAUAUGCUGUUCUGAGUCUCUUGAGAAAUGUUGGGAGCUAUGGCAGAGUAUUUAAGACUUGGAAAUUAUAAAUAUUUUGGAACGUUCCCCAGAAUCCUUUUCUCGUUCCAAUAACAAUGUCAAUAUGAAAUACAACAUUGUCUUUUUCUGCAAUAUUGGUUUAACCUCAAAAGACCUUUAUAACAUGUUGACCAGAGCACCAUGGGCAUUUUCUAACCAAGUGGACUGGAACCAGAAAAUGACUGACCUGCUACAUGAGAUCUGCUUGCCUUCAGGUAUUAAAAGCCCAAAUGACUUGGUAAGGGAGAUAAUCUCCAAAAAUAAUUUAAUCUUUGUAAGGAGUAGCAAGCGAGCUAACAUUGAGUUUCUGCAAUCAACUUUCAAGCUGGAUAAUGAGAAAUUACCUACCCUUUUAUAUGGCCAGGCAGUUGACAUUUUCGCCUUACGCAACGGAUAUAUGAGAAGAAGCUUUUUAAAUGUGAAAGAGAAGCUCAUCUCUCUUGGAUGGAUUGAAAAAGAUAUAAAUAGAUUUAUCCUUCGAUUUCCACAAAUAUUAUGUCUCUCAUCAAAUAACCUCAGUAGAAAAACAGAUUGUCUCUUAGAAGCAAAGAUUCAUGUUAAACAAAUAAUUGAAAGCUGUUUUGUUUUGGAUUGAGCUACUGGCACUUUAGAAAGCCGAAUCAAGGAAUUGGAAAAAAUUAUUUAG